GCGAGACUCCUGAGACCAUUCAAGGUCAAUGGUCCCCCGAGUAACAUUCUUCUCCUCCCACCCGCUGCUGAUUGCUUCAUACUACUCAUCUACUUGAGAGUUUGUUGUGCACCUUUUCAUCAUCAAGCAGGACACCUUCUGUUGUGCUCAGAGAGUUUUUACUCUGCAGGCUCAGGCAGAAUGGAGUCAGCUGAAGGUCUCGUGAAGUCUCAGUGGGGCUGGCCUCAGAUGCAUCACUUGUUUGCUCUGCUGUGUCUUGUGGUCGUCGUCUAUAAGUUAACCGUCUUGCUCGUCCGAAAAAGAGACACGUUACGAAGCUUUGAAGAUUUUCCAGGACCACCGCCACACUGGCUUUAUGGAAAUGUGAAUGAGUUUAAACAAUAUGGGCAAGAAUUUCCUAAGAUGGUGGAAUGGGGACAGCAGUACCCUUAUGCUUUCCCAGUGUGGAUGGGCCCCUUCUUUUGUAUCCUCAACAUCCACCAUCCAGAUUAUGUGAAAACAAUAUUGGCAUCAACAGAGCCAAAGGGUUUUUUAGGAUAUCAGUUUAUUUUGCCUUGGAUUGGUGAUGGCUUAUUGACGUCAAGCGGUCAGAAGUGGUUUCGGGCCCGAAGGCUCUUGACCCCAGGUUUUCAUUAUGAUGUUUUGAAACCAUACGUAAAACUGAUGUCAGACUCUGCUAAAACUAUGCUGGACAAAUGGGAAAGUCAUGCAAACAACAAUGAGUCCUUGGAAUUGUUUCAUCACGUGAGCCUCAUGACACUAGACAGCAUCUUGAAGUGUGCCUUCAGCUACGACAGCAACUGUCAGACAGAUAGUGGAACAAAUGCAUACAUCAAAGCAGUGUAUGAGCUCAGUUAUCUGUCUAACCUGCGGGUCAGGACGUUUCCAUACCACAAUGACAUCAUUUUCUACCUCAGCCCACAUGGUUUCAAAUUCAGAAAAGCCUGCAGGGUGGCUCACAGUCACACAGAAAAAGUCAUACGAAAGAGGAAAGAAGCACUAAAGGAAGAGAGUGAGCUGGACCGCAUACAGGCCAAGAGAAACUUGGACUUUCUGGACAUCCUUCUCUUCGCAAGAGAUGAGAAGCAGCAGGGUCUGUCAGAUGAAGAUCUUCGAGCAGAAGUGGACACCUUCAUGUUUGAGGGCCAUGACACCACAGCCAGUGGCCUGUCUUUCAUCCUCUACUCUAUGGCCUGCCACCCAGAACACCAGAAGCUGUGCAGGGAAGAGAUCCUUCAAGUCCUGGAUGGCAAGGACACCUUCGAGUGGGAGGAUCUCAGUAAAAUUCCGUACACUACGAUGUGCAUAAAAGAAUCCCUCCGCCUUUACCCUCCUGUACCAGGGAUAUCCAGGGUCACCACCAAACCCAUUACCUUUUUUGAUGGAAGGACUUUGCCAAAAGGUUUUCAUAUUGCAACAAGUGUGUUUGUGCUUCACAUGAAUGCAACUGUCUGGGAAAAUCCUGAUGUCUAUGACCCACUGCGUUUCCUACCGGAGAAUGUUUCCAAGAGGUCACCUCAUGCGUUCGUGCCAUUCUCUGCUGGGCCAAGAAACUGCAUUGGUCAGAACUUUGCCAUGAAUGAGCUGAAAGUGGCAACGGCCAUGACACUGAAGAGAUACAAGCUGAUUGCGGACCCCGCUCGGAAACCCCUGUUAGUUCCUAGAGUGGUGCUUCGCUCACUCAACGGUGUCCACAUCACGCUCAAACCUGUAGACCCAGAAGAGUAAAGGGAAAUAACUGUAUGAAUGCUAUUAACCUGGAAAAUACACGGGGUAAGGGAACAUUUCAAGGAGUUGAAGUAUUUUGAUUUCUAAUAUUUUACUACUUAAAUAGAAUCACAAACCUAUAAUGAAAUGAUUAAGUGUGCAUUGUUUUAUUCAGUUGCUGAACAUGUUUUGGGGGAAUUACUUGAUGAAAAAGGAAGUUGUGAUUGUCUUAUGGAAUCAUUUUCUCACACUGGAACUGUUAUUAAUGAGAAAUGUUUGUACUUUAUAUGUGAAAAAAGAAAUAGGACCUAUAUAUUGUGGUAGGAAACUUGCACCAAAUCAGUCUGUAAUAAAUUCAAAAUGUUUGAAAAAUAG